AUGACAUCCCCCCACCAUGUCGCGCUCAUCAGUGCCUUCCCCCAAUCGCAGAUCCUCGGAAUCGGACGCACCGGCCUCGUAGUUCGCCAGCUGGAGGGGCAGACAGCCAUCAAAUACCCGCUGCGAUGGAGCACAAGCAGCGAGGAAGAAGUACAAGGCAACAUCGAAUCCAUCCAGCACGAGCAAGCAAUCUACCAGCGCCUCGAGCACUGCGCGGGCAUCGUCCCGUUCUUCCCCGUCAGCUCCACAGCGACAUCCACCACGCUCCGCCUCAUGGAAACCGGCGAUCUACGCUCCUACCUGAGUCAAAAGACCAACAACCCAAACCCGCCCAGGUCCCGCCAGCUCUCGUGGUUCCGAACAAUGGCGCACGCGCUCUCUCAGAUCCACGACCGCCGCGUCAUUGUCGGUGACAUCGCGACCCGCAACUUCCUCCUCGACGCGGAGUUCACCGUGUGGAUGUGUGACUUUACCGAGUCUGUGCUCUUGCCGCUGGACACUGAUAUGCAGAGGGCCGAGUGGGCGGGGUAUUCUAUCCAUACGGACAUCGGGCAGCUGGGCGCUGUGCUGUACGAGGUGGUGACUGGGGAGAAAUGCGACUUCGCCAUCUUUGCGGAUCUUCCGGCGGAGUCGAGCAGUAGCAGCGGCAGCGGGAUUUGGCCGCGGAGAGAGGAUCUCCCUGGUACCGAGGGGAUCUGGCUUGGGUCGGUGAUUGAGCGGUGUUGGACGAGGGGGGUUGAGAGUGCGUUUGCCUUGUGGGUGGAAUUGGAGGCGGAGGCUUUGGAGGUCGAGGUUGAGGUCGAGGACGAGAACAGCCUAGGUAAGCGGCGCUCGCUAUCCAGGGACUUGGGAUUGGACUUAAAUUCGUCGCUUGGGCUUUUGCGUCUUGGAACUGUGUGCCUGGCGACGGUGGCGGUUGGUGCGAUUGCAGGGUAUGUUUGGAGUCGGAGACGGUAG